AUGGCUUCCAGAACAGCCACAUUGGCAACAUUACGUGGGCAACUCACUACCAUUAUCGGUGCUCUCAAUUUAUCUCCCGAUAACUUACCACCUAUCCCUGAGCGGUCUCCGUCUGAAUAUAUAAUAGACUAUUGUCAAGGUCCCUGCGACGUAAUAUGGAAAUGCGGAAUAGGAAGAGAAACGAGGAAUUUCAAGUUGAAUUCAACAUGGCUAGCAAAACAAUCGGAUUAUUUUAGAAAAAAUCUUAACGACAAGUGGCGUAAAAAGGGAGACAAGUAUUGGGUGGAAAAACGCAAGAUUAAACCCAUUGUUAUGGAAACUUUGCUGAGAUACCUUUGUUACGCCAUAAUAGACUGGUCUUUAAUUUCUGCGGGCGGUGUUGUCUCACUUCUCGAACUAGCAAAUGAGUGCCGUCUCACAUCGCUCGUCACUAUUCUCCAGACAACUGUCUUAGUCAACGCUAGCAUCUGGUUUGAAGAACCAAUCGUUAAUGUUCUUGGCACAGCGUUCUCCAGCACAGACUACCCGGCCCUUCGUACAAACCUUAUUCGUCUAAUGAACGAUAGCCCCGGAUGG